AUUUGCGGAUGAGAAGCGUACUGCUAUAUGGCUUAAACCACAGUAAAGGUGACAUUGCUGUUCGCCUUGGCAUGUCUUCAAGGUCCGUGUUACGUUUCGCCCGACGAUAUUACGAGAGACGAAAUGUUUGUGCUGACAAACCAGGAAGACCUGCUGGUUUGUGUUCGCUAUCGCAACAAGAACAAGCCGUUUUGAUGCAAGAAUUGUUAGGACACCCAGAAAAAAACUCUAUCUGAGCUCUGUAGACACGUUGAAGUAGUAUGUGGUGCCAGGCUUCCUGUUUCUACUUUACACGACUAUUUUAGAAGAAAUGGCAUCACACGCAAAAUGCUCAAAAGAAUUCCUUAUCAAAGAUGCGAAGAAGAUUGAAUAAACUAUUGGUCUGUGGUAUCACAAUUCAAUCCUGCGAUGUUUGUGUUCCUUGACGAGAGUGGAUUUGUAAGUUCUCUUUUCAGAAACUCAUUUUGUUAUACCUUUUUAACUGAUCUCCGCACUGGGGUUAUAACAAAUGUUUCUGCAUUACAGGAUAAACGAAUUUCGAGACGCUUUGGAUACAGUUUUCGAGGCUAUCGAGCUCAAACACAAAGAUGGUAUGGCAAUUGGGGUCCCAGGAUUACUGCUAUCCCUGUCAUCUGCACGGAAGGAAUAAUAGACUUGAGUAUCCGCCGCGGGAAUACCAAUGAAGAGAAAUUUCUUGAAUUUGUGAAUGAAAACCUUAUUCCUAAUCUACAGCCGUUUGAUGGGAUUAAUCCUCGCUCUGUGGUCGUAAUGGAUAAUGCUAAAAUUCACCGCUGUCGUCGUGUAGUUCAAGCUAUAAAUGCUAGUGGCGCUCUUGUGGUAUUCUUGCCAUCUUACAGUCYUGACUUCAAUCMAUGUGAGAACGUUUUCUCUCAAGCAAAGAGUUGGAUUCGAGGAAAUGAUGUUGUGUGGCAAGUGUGUCGUGAUGAUCCAGAGGAAAUGGUGUUUGAAGCCUUCAUGCAAAUCUCUGAUGCAGACAUUAGAAACUAUCUAAGACUUACAGAUUACUUGUAA